CAAACUUGACAGGUGUACAUUAUAAUACGGGUGUAGUCGGGAUGAUCGAGUUCUGUCUGAAUUCCUCAUAAUCCUGCGGUGUUCAGUAUAUCCUAAACUGCCCAGUGUCCAGUGGGACAGACUGUAAUGGUCAGUCUGGACAUAUCGCGGCGAUGGCCGGUAGUGUCGAGACGUGGAAUAUGAUAUUUCUCCUGUACACAAUUUUGACCUGUUCGACAAUAGUUCCAAUAACAUGUUCCUCCCAUUGUCCAACAUUCCCUGUGAAACAAGAAAACAGAGAACUGGCAUUUUCUCUACUUCCAUACACAUGUGAACUGGUAGUUCGCGUGCGAGUAAACAUGAGAUCACAGCGAGUCUUUGAUGGCAUCGAUUACAUGAAGGGACGAGGACUUCGCCGAAUCAGAAAUCUUCAUGUUACUGAUGUUGAACUGGUGCCUACAGAGACAGCCAUUCCUGGUGGUGACAACGUAACCACGACGGUAGACCCUUCAGCGUGUCCCAACUACAGAAUCAGGAACAUUGGUCUCCUGACAAUUAUCGACACCAUAAAAAAUGUCUGUCAGCUGGCGGUUGGUGUAAAGAGAAUCGACGUUGACACGCAAAGUUCGAGAAGGCGCGACAUGGUUGAUUACUUACCAGUGUUCUAUUACCUAGAGGAUAAUCUUUUCUGAUAACUUUGGAUCACCGACAUUUUCCUACUGUACAAACUGUAUGUGAAUCAAAGGGAGACAACUGCGAUCGUCCUUUUCGUUUUUGAAAUAUGCUGCAUUUUUUUUACAGUAAAGAAGAUUUAGAAAUUACGUAUAGGUGACGUUUAGCGUAGAGCUUUUGUCUCGAAAUUUUUAAGACUAAUUGUAUUUUCCUUUUUGAAGUAAUGUCCCGUUUUCCUAUUUUUAAUUAAUAUGGAUUUAAGGUUGAUAUAGAAAUAAACUUUGAUUAAUAUAUAAGCGGUAUGUUUAAAACAUUCGACUUAUAGAAAAGAAAAGGGAAAACAAUCCUAUCAGAAAGGAAUAAGUAUGCAUGUACAUUAAAACAAAUAAAAACCUACUGGAAAAUAUUAUAUAUUACGACUGUACGAUGAAUUGUCAAGUUUGUGACCCGGAUGAAAGCUCAAAACCGACUCCACCUCAAUAUCAGUGGUGUCACGAACUCAGACUCAGAUUCUUUAUUUCCUUGUGUUUUUUCAACCCAUCCGAGAGACAUUACAAAACAAUACAAUGUAAUAUAUUAUGACACAAUUCACAAUUACAAAAGUACAUUGUAUAUAUAUACGUAUACUUUAGUAUUACCAUAUAUUAUAAAAAUGAACAUAACAGUCAUUAUGGCAGUACACAAUAGUUCAUGUACGUUUUAAAUAGACUGACAUAUAGUAAAUUAAACAAUUAAAUAGUGUUAUUACGUUGUUUUGUCGCUUAAUAAAGGAAUUUUCCUAGCUUACUCAAUUCAGAAGCAUUUUGAACACUUAAUAAUUGUAUCGACUUAAAAACACUUGGUCUUCUAUAAUAAUUUGGCUUAAUGUAUGUAUUUCGAAUAUUGUUAUAAAAAAUACAUUGAUAAUAAAAUGGUAUUCAUCCUCAA